UGAGCGUGAGCCUGCGCGGCCACGUGACGGCUGCUAUAAGAGCAGCAGGCUGCGGACUCCGGCCCUCCUCGCUGGCCGCGGUCCUUUCUCGGCGCCCCGCUCUUCCGACCCACCUGGCCGCAGUAUGACAGAUCAGGCCUUUGUGACGCUGACUACAAAUGAUGCCUAUGCCAAAGGUGCGCUGGUCCUAGGCUCAUCUUUGAAACAGCAAAGGACUACCAGGAGGAUGGUUGUACUCACCACCCCACAGGUCUCAGAGUCCAUGAGAAAAGUUUUAGAGACUAUCUUUGAUGAAGUCAUCAUGGUAGAUGUCUUGGACAGUGGUGAUUCUGCUCAUCUAACUUUAAUGAAGAGGCCUGAGUUGGGCGUCACAUUGACAAAACUCCACUGCUGGUCACUUACUCAGUAUUCCAAAUGUGUGUUCAUGGAUGCAGAUACUCUGGUCCUCUCAAAUAUUGAUGAUCUUUUUGAAAGAGAAGAAUUGUCAGCAGCACCAGAUCCAGGGUGGCCUGACUGUUUCAAUUCUGGAGUCUUUGUCUAUCAACCUUCAAUUGAAACAUAUAACCAGCUGUUGCACCUUGCUUCUGAGCAAGGUAGUUUUGAUGGUGGGGACCAGGGUCUACUGAAUACAUAUUUUAGUGGCUGGGCAACGACAGAUAUCAGAAAACACCUGCCAUUUGUGUAUAACCUGAGCAGCAUUUCAAUAUACUCCUACCUCCCGGCAUUUAAAGCGUUUGGUGCAAAUGCCAAAGUUGUGCACUUCUUGGGACGAAUCAAGCCAUGGAAUUACACUUACAGUCACCAAACAAAAAGUGUCCAAUGUGAAUGUCAAGACCCAACUGUGAGUCAUCCAGAAUUUCUGAACCUGUGGUGGGAUAUCUUUACCACCAGUGUUUUACCCCUGCUCCAACACUAUGGCCUUGUCAAAGAUGCCUGCUCCUAUCUAAUGAUGGAACAUGUCUCAGGAGCUUUGUCACACCUGUCCAUUGGGGAGGCCCCAGCUACACCACAGCCUUCUAUGACCUCAGAAGAAAGGAAGGAGCGGUGGGAACAGGGCCAGGCUGAUUACAUGGGAGCAGAUUCUUUUGAUAACAUCAAGAAAAAACUUGACACUUACCUACAAUAGAAGCACUGCCAUUUCCCUGUGGACACAUCCACGUCUUAGGCACAUUUCUGAUACUUAGUAUGUGAAGCUGUUUGAAAAGUCUGUUACAGUUGUUAGAGGCUUUCACUAAACCUCAUCAGAUGAGGGUUUGGGCAGAACAAAAGGUGAGAACUGGUCAGACGUUAUAAAGUAGCAAUUCUGUUAUAUGAAUAACUGCUCUGUUUAACCCUAAACUUUUUCAGAAACUCUUAAUUUUUCAAUUGCCAACAUGUGUGGUAAGGGAAAGUCAACAUUAAGCUACUGAGAUGGUUCUCACAAGUGGUGCAGAACGUGACUCUCCAUCUAUCUCACUUCAAAACAAGAUAUGACACUGUCCCAUAUCUGUUUGUUGUACCCUUCACUAGACUUGCAAUUUAGAAUUGCCCAAAGCCUGUCAGAGAGUUAAUUCCAUUUCCAGGCUACCUUAUUAACACUGUGGGGUGACUCAUAAGUCUACCAGCUAGUGUUAGUUCACCAGUUUUCUAUGCACCAUGAAGGCAGCAUGCAGACUUACUUUUUUUUUCAGUUCUGUCUACUUGAAAAUUGCAGUGUGCUUUGAUGGUUACCUGUGGUAGCACCGUAUAUAACAAAUAAAGACUUAUUGACAUA